AUGACCUAUUUCCCCUAUAGAGUCGAUCAAUCAUUUUCAAUCUCUUUUCAGAAGAGAAAAAUUUGUACAGAUUUAAAUAUAGAUGUUACCAAUUCAAUUCUAUUAUAUGGCCCUUCUGGAACAGGGAAAUCAAAUGCCAUUGUUCAGCAUUUAUUUACACUUACAAUUGGUGAUUUGGCCGCUGAAUUUCCUGCUGAACCAGAAAAAGGAUUAAGGCAUUAUUUUAACCUUGCUUAUAAAAAUCAACCAAGCGUAUGUAUGUGUACGAUUCAACCUUUGCUUUCGUUUUAUUUUCGUGAAUUAUUUCAUACGUGGAUUAACAAUGAACAUCAUAUUCUUAUUGUUGGAACUUCGACGAACCAUUCACGGAUCAAUCCUAUUAUCCGAACAAUAUUUCAAGAUGAAAUUGAAUUUAAUAUUCCAAAACCUAUUCAAAGAUUAGAAAUUUUAAAAUAUUGUGUCGUGGACUUAAAUCUUGAGAACGAUGUAAAUUUAAAAGAAAUCAAUGAUCGAUGUCAUGGAUAUAUAGCAGCUGAUGUUGCAGCGUUAUGUAGAAUGGCUUUAGAACAGUGUGAUGUCAGAAGCAUUCAACAAACAGCCGAACCCGGAAACUUGUUGAUUUCAAAUGAAGAUUUUCAAAAAGGUUUUCAAAAGAUUAGAAUAAGCAGUUUACAAGAGAAAGCCAGUGUAGAGAAAGUGGAAUCUGUUAAAUGGAGUGAUAUUGGUGGUUUAGAUGAUGUUAAAAAAAUGCUGGAGGAAUCUGUUAUAUGGAUAUAUAAACAUGCUGAUGCAUUUCAACGUCUCGGAAUUAAAGCGACAAAAGGCGUUCUUUUAUAUGGACCACCAGGAACCGGAAAGACUUUAUUGGCAAAAGCAGUUGCGACGGAAUCAUCAGCUCAUUUCAUGCCAGUAUCGAUACCAGAAUUAAUCAAGAGUGAGGUAGGCGAAUCAGAAAAGGCCAUCGCAAAUAUUUUUCGAAUCGCGAUCCAGUGUAGUCCUUGUAUCAUUUUUUUGGAUGAAUUGGAGGCUAUAUUCGGUAAUAGGGAUUCAAGUGGUUUUUUGGGCAAAAAGUUAGUUUCGCAACUUUUACUAGAAUUAGAUGGAUUGAAUGCUGUAGAUCAAGGAGUUGUGAUCCUUGCUGCAACUAAUAAUCCAGAAGUUAUCGAUGCUUCUCUUUUAAGACCAGGUCGCCUUGAUAAACAUGUUUAUAUUAAACCUCCAACUCCUGAAGAAAGAGUGUCUAUCCUUAAAGUAAUAGGGAACAGAAUGAAUUUUGCUCAAGAUAUGAAUCUUGAAGAAAUUGCUCUAAAAACUGAACAUUAUACUGGAGCUGAUUUAGAAGCGUUAAUACAAAAGGCUGCUUUUUUAGCAUUUAAAAGGUAUCGUCAUAAUAAAUCAAUAACAGAGAAAAAUAUUUGUCACGACGAUGUGUUAGAAGCAAUCGAGCAAAUUAAAUGUUCGGUUUCUAUUGAUCAACUUGAACAAUAUCAAAGAAACGCGCUAUCUCAUGAUGAUUUAUCUGUUAUUAAGUCAGAAAAUACGCUUCCAUUGAUCAAGUUCCAUAAGAAUAAAAUUAUUUAUGGAAUAAACAUUAUUUUAUACGUGACAUCAUUUGCAGUUAGAGAUAUUCUCCUUGAUAAUUCAGACCAGAAGUUUGUUGUGAAGAAAGUACCUAGUAGAAUAUUAGCAAGUGAAAACACAAACCAAAUCAUUGAUGUCAAGGAGACAUGUUUAAUGUCGAUAGGACCUCGCCUUUUUUUUAGAUUAGCGUUAUCCCAAAAGAUUUCUUCAAGUGAACUUUUCAAAAUCUUAGAAGCAGAAA